CUCAAAUGAUUCCAGAGAAAUUAUUAGAAAAAAACAAGCAAGUUCAAAUUACCUUAGAUAGUCCCAGAAACUUCAGAAUUUCCUAAACUAAUCCAAAAAAAAAAUACGAAUUGCAAAACGGAACUAUGUUCCAAAUUACAAGACAGUAUGGAGUCAAUGAAGAUUACACUCAUAUUUAGGAUCUUUAUAGGGGAGUGAUCAAAAGUGGGGAUUAUAAACUACCGUUUUAAGUACCUACUAAAUUUGGUAUGAAUUCUAGUUUUGUAUAUCGAAACUCUGAUGGUAUGAUCUUAUCAUUAAUAUAGGAUUGUAAUAGGCUAAAAUCCAAUAUAAAAUCUAUUUAAAAAUAAGCGAUUUGCAAUCAAAUUAAGUAAUAAUAUAAAAGAGCAUUCCAGUUUAUAUCAACAGCAGAUUUAAAUUUACGGAGUAAAAAAGAGAGAGUGAAGGUAAUAUUGUGUAGUUCUUCUGUAUUUAUCGGGGCAUGAUUGAAUUAAGUAUAAGAACUGCAAAGAACCUUUACAAGCCUGGAGAAGUGCUGGAAUUGGAAUACAUAUUAAAUACUACUAGAGCUUAAAGAUGCAUAAGUAAAGUGGAAGUGAAGUUGAAUCAUUAUCUUAGUUUCAUAGAUGAUGAUGAAAACGAGAGAGUGAUAAAAAAUAGCACACUAUACACAACAGAAUUGCCUGGGAAUCCUGCAGGAAAGAGAAGUGAUAUCCUAAAACAUUCAAUUACAAUUCCUAAUGAUUUGGCAGCCACCGUCAAGAUGGAAUUUAUAAAAAAUCAUUACAUUUUAUAAGUGCAAGCAUUUUCAGUAAUUAAAGAAUAUAGAGUAUAGGAUGGACUACUAACUUCAUUGGCUAUUCCAGUAAUAUGUUAAAUUCCAAUAAUAAUAUUGGAGAGAAGAAAACAGGAGAAACCCAACCUUGAUGAUUGGAAAUUCAUUACACAAACACAAGAUAACAAUUCUUUUUACUUAUUCACAUCUUAGUAAUAAUAAUUAUUUAAUUGA